AUGUUGUAUUUGACCCGUCCGUAUGAUUACUGGUCAAAACGGGGUAUUCAGGGUCCAAAACCUGUACCGUUUUUUGGGAAUUUGUUACAGCUGUUGACUACACCUCAACCGUUGCAAGAGAUUAACUGGUGUAAUAAAUAUGGCAAGAUUUAUGGACACUACAUCGGCAAAACACCCAUAUUGAACAUACUGGAACCGGAAGUGAUCAGGAACAUUUUGGUAAAAGACUUUCACUUGUUUGCCGAUCGCUAUCACAUCCGGUCGGCCAGCGAUACAGUGGUCAGCAAAACACUGUUUCACAUGAAUGGCGACCAAUGGAAACGUCUGCGCGCUAUAGUCAGCCCGACGUUCAGUUCGGGCAAAAUGCGCAAAAUGUUCCCCAGAAUUAGGGAAUGUUUGGCCGACCUCUUGGAACAGUUGGACGGAUACGCUGUUUCCGGACGCCCGGUCGACGUAAAGGACAUGUACGAGAAUUACACCAUGGACGUAAUCGCAACAUGCGCGUUCGCCACCAAGACCAACGUGUACAAGGGUGAUAUAAGCCCAUUUGUGAUUAACGCACGCAAAGCAUUUAGCUCAAUCAAUAUAGCUGAUUUUGCUACCCUGAUACCGGCGUUUAUUAAACGUUGGCUGGGCAUGGCCAUCACCAAGAAGAUUCAAUUUUUUAUUGAUUCCACCAAGCACAUUUUGCAGAUUAGACGUGACUCGCCUAAUAGUAAGCAUAAUGAUUUUAUUCAGAUACUGAUGGACGCCGUGAUUGACAAUGAGGGUGGCAGUAGCCGAGAGGACCAGGAUGCUAAUGAAGCUCAUUACGUUAAUGAAGGCGAGGAGGAGUUGGCAAUCGAGCGCAAGACUCUCAAAAUAAAAGUGACCGAAAACAAACUGACCGAGAACGAAAUACUGGCCCAGGCGUUCAUGUUCUUCCUGGCCGGCUACGAGACAUCGGCCACCACCCUAUCAUUCCUAUCGUACGAGCUCGCUAUGGCACCCGACAUACAACAGCGCCUGUACGACGAAAUCGUGGCCAACCUAGAUGAAAACACUGGUGAAAUGGACUACGACAAGUUGGCCACUCUACCCUACCUGGACGCCGUAGUGUCCGAGACACUGCGCAUGCACUCGCCCGCGCAGCGCAUGCCACGUGUGUGUUCGGUCGAGUACGCCCUAGGUGAUACUGGUGUGGUAAUACCAGCUGGCCAAAAUAUUGAUAUUCCCAUUUACGCGCUGCACCAUUGCCCGGAGUUUUACCCGGAACCCUUUAAGUUUGACCCGGAUCGUUUUCUCGGCGAGAAUAAGCGUAAGGUUAAGCCCUAUACGUAUUUGCCGUUCGGCGCCGGCCCUCGCAAUUGCAUUGGUAUGCGGUUCUCGUUGUUGGAGAUUAAGCUCGGGUUGGCUCACAUUAUGAAACGCUACCGCUUCACUACCUGUCCGUCCACUGACCGGCCCAUACAGUACAAGCGUAUGUUACGUAUUGGUGCCCCGCAGCGAAUGAUCCUGGGCAUUGAGAAACGCUAUUUAUAG